GAUUUGACGAAAGUUUUUAUAUAUUUAUUUAUAAACGCCAUAUAACGUUGACACUGAAGAAGGGCAACAGGUUUGGCGAAGUUUUGCUUCAGAGAGAUGGAUGCAGGUUCCAGGUACCAAUGGGAGAGGCGUCGGCUGCAGUCACGACCUAUGGCAGAAAAGAUGGCAGCAUGGAUUUCUUUGCUCCGCUAUGGAUACUCCAGGUGUGGUGUCAGAUCCAGAGAGCAAGGCUCCAUCAACAGGACCGCAUCAGGUGGCCCAAGAGUUUCCCAAGCGUGACGAAGCUCCAUAUAAUGAUGGAUCCGGAUACUGAAGAGAUGCAGCAUACAAAACAUGAGCAAAGCCAGAAAGUUGCCGAGAUGGACCUCGAAGAGGAGACGGGAAAACCAGAACUCCAGGCAGAGGCUCCAGUUGAAACGAUGUUUGGCUUGUAGGCGAGGCGGAGAUUUGACGAAAGUUUUUAUAUAUUUAUUUAUAAAGUAAAUUUGAAUAUUUGUUAUUAUUUUAAUUUAGUGAAUUAAUUGAUUUGUAUUGUUAGUUUGAAUGGAAUGCGAAAAGUUAUUAUUAUUUGA